UAGAAGGAUGGUGAGGUCACUUGUAUACCUCCUCUCCUUCCCCUUGUAGAGCCUAUAAAUUCUAAGAAUUUGGAGGUAAAAAGAAUACUUGCUUUGGACACCCUCUCUGGCAAAAUGCAUUUCCUAGUUCCUGUCUUACUGAUCUUCCUCCAAUCUUCUGAUUCCAGAGCUGGGGAGAUCAUCGGGGGCCGGGAGGCAAAGCCCCAUUCCCGGCCAUACAUGGCAUAUCUGAAGUACAGCAAUAAAAAUGGAAAAAGUGGAAUAUGUGGUGGUUUUCUGGUUCAAAAGAAAUUUUUGCUGACAGCAGCUCACUGCUGGGGAAGUUCAAUAAGUGUCCUUCUUGGAGCACACAAUAUCAAAAAGCCAGAAAAAACCCAGCAGCAGAUUCCUGUGCUCAGAGCCAUCCGUCACAAAGAAUAUAACAAUAAGAACUUCAACAAUGAUAUUAUGUUACUUCAGCUGAAGAAGAUGGCCAGACUAAACCAAGAUGUGGGGCUUUUGGCCUUGCCCCAGAAGGCAGUCAAGGUGAAGCCUAAUCAGACAUGUAUUGUGGCAGGCUGGGGGUGUACCCUCAAAAGGCUCUUCUCAGACACACUGCAAGAAGUGAAAUUAAAAGUGAGGAGGGACUAUGAAUGCAAGGAAAAAUACCGCAAUCACUACAAUCAUAGCACCCAGAUGUGUGUUGGAGAUCCUAAUGUCCAAAAGGCUUCCUUUCAGGGGGAUUCCGGAGGCCCUCUUGUGUGUGAUGGAAUAGCCCAGGGCAUUGUCUCGUAUGGAUUUCAAAAUGGAUCAUCCCCUCGGGUGUUUACCCGGAUCUCCAGCUUCUUACCAUGGAUCAAAAGAACAAUGAAGACUCUUGAAGACAAAAGAUAAAGUGAAGUCCUGCUUGUAAGAUGGAAUCAUUCUUCUGGUGACACUAUUCUCAAAAAUAGUUCCUGAAUACAGAGUCUAAAGCCAAGAAGGAUGUUGGGGAAAAAAGAGGGAUCAUAUAAAUCAAAAUGUUAAUUUGUAGUUAUGGUCAUUCCUUUUUCUCUCCUUUGUCCAUAAUCUCUGCCUCUAUGGUCCAUAAUCCCCAGAUAGGUUCACAAUGUGGCUUGAAAAAUCUUCAAAAUCAUAUAGUCCAAGUUUUUAAUAUUACAAUUACAGAUAGAGAGUCCUUUAUGGUAAUAUAUUUUGUCAUUAACAUUAGGAAGUUCAGAGGCAAGGCUAAAUAACUUGGUGACAUUUUAUCUUUCCUUCAACAAAAGAAAACCUGACACAUUUUUGACCAGGUCCUAUCAGUAGUAAGGUUCUUGGGCAUAUAGCUGGCAGUCACUCACUCCUUCACUCUUCACUGCUACAACCAGGGCAUUUUAUCUAGAAGCAUGAUUCAAUCAUGAUAGGUGCUCAUAUAGUUCUCAUCUAUGGAAAGAGAAGGAAAAAAGAAGGGAAGGAAAGGGAAGAGAAGGGAAGGGAAGAGAAGAAUUUAUUAAGCACUUACUUUGUGCCAAGGGGGCAUUGUGCUAAGCACUUUAGAUAAUAUUAAUUUGAUCCUCACAAUAACCCUUGGAGGCAGAUGCUGUCAUUAUCAUUAUUUCUAUUUAACAAACUAGGAAAUUAAAGCAGAGGUUCUAGUGACUUGCCUAGGGUCACCCAAUUAGUCUGAGACUGGAUUUCAACUCCAAACAAAGACCUAGAAUUUGAUUCACUGUACCACCAAGCUGCUUCUAUCAACUAUAUUUUUAUAUUAAAUUUAUUUUCCCCAAUUAUAUGUAAAAACAAUUUCAAGCAUUUUAAAAGGAAUUUUGAGUCUCAAAUUCUCUCCCUCCAUACCUCCACUCACCUCCAAGUUGAUAAGUGUCAGAUAGAUUUUACAUGUGCAAUGAUGUAAAAUUUAUCCUUUUGUUGAAGAAAACUUGAACAAAAAAAUUAAAAAAGUGAAAAAAGUUUAUUUUGAUCUGAUUUCAGACUCUAUCAGUUCCUUCUUUGGGAGUAGAUGACAAUUUUUAUCAUGGCUCCCUUGGAAUUGU